AUGCCCCCGAUUCCAACAUCAACUCGUAUCCAUUUCUUCGACAUCAAAUCGGCCCUCCCCGGACCAAAGCAGUCCUUCUCUCCUAACACGCUCCGCACACGGUUGUCGCUGAAUUACAAGGCCAUUCCCUACACCGAGUCCUUUAUCUCGUAUCCAGAUAUUGAACCAUUAUGGAAAUCGCUGGGCUUGAAUCCCCCCCAGGAAAAGAGCACUGUUGUUCCAGCCUACACAUUGCCUGUCAUCCUGGUGAAAGCUCCUGAGAAGUCAAAUGCUAACGGGCCAACCCAGACUGGGACGUCGACCGAGGCUCGAUUCCCCUACGACAUGAAACAUAGGACCAUUACAGUCCCCCAUUUUGGCGCCGUGACGGCCAUAUCACAGACCUUCGACAUAGCAAAGACACUCGACAUGCUUUUCCCACCACCGCAGUAUCCUGCACUAUUUCACUCGGAUCAUAGCAUCAAGACAGCACACAACGUCCAGGAAGUGGUCAAAAAACUUGUCCCAUCUGUGCGGCGGCUUGUGAUCCCCUCCAUUCCAUUAAUCCUUGACGACCGGGGACAAAGGUACUUUAUCGACACAAGGCGGAGGUGGUUCGGUGUGCAGAACUUAGACGAAUUGAGACCUAAGACCCCAAAUGAGGCGCUUGAAGUAUGGGGAAACAUCGACGUAGGCAUUGGUGAGAUGGUGGAGGCGAUCAAGGGGAACGAGAAAUCACAUAUGUUGCAAGGCCCAUUUGCGAAGGGAACUGCGUCAGUCUACGCGGACUUCAUCAUUGUAGCCUUCCUGGCUUGGAUUCAGCGAGCAGAUGUUGAGCUCUGGGAGAAUUUGAUGGAUAUCGGAGGGGAUGUUCUCAGGGAGCUCUGGGACGCACUUUCGCCUUUCUUGAAGGGACAGGGUGAACUGAUAGAGUGGGAGAUUGAGAGACCUUUGGAGUCCGCUGCGCGAGGUAGCUGA